AUGGGGCUCUUCAUUCGCCAGAUUGUUGUCUUCACAGCAUUUUUCGCUCCAAUCUUUGCCUCGGCUACUUCUGAUCCAGGCCAGGUCAUCCCUCUGGCUCCCCCAGCCGUGAACCAAACCAUCCAGGGCCGUGGGAAAUAUACCCCCGGCAACGUUCAAAUCUGCGUCGGCUCUAAUUGGGCGCACCCUUGCGCUGCCUACGCUCUCGGCGUCAAAGGUGUAUGUUGGGCUAUUCCAAAGCCUUACAAGGCGAAUGUUGGAUCCAUCAUCCCUGAUCCGGGUGCCAUAUGCUACCUUUAUGACGAAGAUGACGCUGGUUGCACCGGAAAAGGCAUAGACAUCGUGUGGUACCCUGGGACCGCCAACCUUCACUACCCACCGGAUUACCCAGGAUACAAGGCUGCUUACUGGAAGUGCGAGAAAGCCUCCAACUGCUUGCCAACAUCAUAUGUCAACCCAAACGGGAACAUGUAUGCCGCACUCUUCAGCGGCCUCAACUUCUAA